CGCGGCAUUUCACGACAUCCCGUAAAGAACCGAAGAACACCCCGAGAUCAUCACAGCAGCGGGACCAAAGCCUGCGCAAUGUUCGGUGCAGGCGAUGAAGACGACACCGACUUUCUCUCGCCUAGCGGUGGCACCAGAUUGGCUUCUCUCUUUGGACUGGAUCAGGCAGCUGCUGGCCAUGGAAAUGAAUUCUUCCAAUACACAGCCCCAAAGCAGCCUAAGAAAGGCCAGGGAACAGCAGCAACAGGAAAUCAGGCAACACCAAAAGCAGCACCCACCACCACAGGCACUCCCACCAUACUGUUUGCAGCAGUAGUCCAUGCAUAUCGAUGCGUAAAUGGUCAAUACAUAAAGCAGGGCAAGUUUGGUGCUGCAGUCCUGGGGGACCACACAGCCAGAGAGUAUAAGAUUCUUCUUUAUAUCAGUCAACAGCAGCGAGUUACUGUUGCCAGAAUUCAUCCGAACUUUGAGCUAAUGGUUCGGCCCAAUAACUAUAGCACCUUUUAUGAUGACCAGAGACAAAACUGGUCCAUCAUGUUUGAGUCAGAAAAGGCUGCUGUGGAGUUCAAUAAACAGGUGUGCAUUGCCAAGUGCAACAGCACCUCUUCCCUGGAUGCAGUGCUCUCGCAGGACCUCAUUGUAGCAGAGGGUCCUGCUGUAGAAGUUGGAGAUUCCUUGGAAGUGGCCUAUACUGGCUGGCUCUUGCAGAAUCAUGCGCUGGGCCAGGUUUUUGACUCCACUGCUAACAAGGAUAAGCUGCUUCGCUUGAAAUUAGGAUCAGGGAAAGUCAUCAAGAGCUGGGAAGAUGGAAUGCUGGGCAUGAAAAAAGGAGGGAAGCGGUUGCUUAUCAUCCCUCCAGCCUGUGCUGCUGGCUCUGAAGGGGUAAUAGGAUGGACUCCAUCAACAGACUCUAUCCUCGUGUUCGAGGUGGAGAUUACGCGGGUCAAAUUUGCCAGAGAUUCCGGCUCUGAUGGGCACAGUGUUAGUUCCCGGGAUUCGGCGGCUCCUUCUCCCAUACCUGGUGCUGACAGCCUCUCUGCUGAUCCUAUUGUGUCAACACCCACGUCGGCGCCUUUCAAAUCAGGGGAGCCAGCUCUUCGUGCCAAAUCUAACUCCCUCAGCGAGCAGCUUUCUAUGAACACAAAUCCUGAUACAGUCAAGGCCAAGUUGAUCUCUCGGAUGGCUAAAAUGGGCCAGCCCAUGCUCCCCAUCCUUCCACCACAGCUGGAUUCCAAUGAUUCAGAAAUUGAAGAUGUGAAUGCUCUGCGAGGAGCCGGGCAGCCCAUGGCACCUCCAUCUAUCCAGCCCUCUCUUCAGCCAGCCCAUCCAGUGCUACCACCGAUGACCUCACAAGCACCUCAGUCGUCUGUUUCUGGGCUCCAAGCACCCUCUGCUGCCUUAAUGCAAGUUGCGCCUCUCGAUUCCCACUCAGCUGUAUCUGGAAAUGCCCAGUCCUUUCAGCCCUAUGCAGGUAUGCAGGCCUACGCCUAUCCCCAGGCAUCAGCCGUCACCUCCCAGCUGCAGCCCGUUCGGCCCUUGUACCCAGCGCCACUCUCUCAGGCUCCCCAUUUUCAAGGAUCAGGUGACAUGGCUUCAUUUCUCAUGACUGAAGCCCGGCAACAUAACACUGAAAUUCGAAUGGCAGUCAGCAAAGUGGCUGAUAAAAUGGAUCAUCUCAUGACUAAGGUUGAUGAGUUACAGAAGCGUAGUGCUGGCAAUUCCCUGCUCAUUCCCAGCAUGUCAGUCACAAUGGAAACAAGCAUGAUUAUGAGCAACAUCCAACGAAUUGUUCAGGAGAACGAAAGAUUGAAGCAAGAGAUCUUUGAAAAGAGCAGUCGGAUAGAAGAACAGAACGACAAGAUUAGUGAACUGAUUGAACGAAAUCAGAGAUAUGUUGAGCAGAGUAACCUGAUGAUGGAGAAGAGGAACAACUCACUUCAAACAGCCACAGAAAACACACAGGCAAGAGUAUUGCAUGCUGAGCAGGAGAAGGCCAAGGUGACAGAAGAGUUAGCAGCAGCCACCGCACAGGUCUCUCAUCUGCAGCUGAAAAUGACUGCUCACCAAAAGAGGGAAACCGAGCUGCAGCUGCAGCUGACCAACAGCUUGAAGGAGACAGACCUCCUCCGGGGCCAGCUUGCCAAACUGCAGGCAGAGCUCUCGGAGCUCCAAGAAACCUCUGAGCAAGCACAGUCCAAAUUCAAGAGUGAAAAGCAAAGCCGGAGACAGCUGGAACUUAAGAUGACGUCCCUGGAGGAGGAGCUGACUGACCUUCGAGCUGAGAAGGAGUCUCUGGAGAAGAACCUCUCAGAAAGGAAAAAGAAGUCAGCUCAAGAGCGCUGUCAGGCUGAAGAGGAGAUAGACGAAAUUCGCAAGUCCUACCAGGAGGAAUUGGACAAACUUCGACAGCUCUUGAAAAAGGCUCGGGUGUCCACAGACCAGGCCACCGCAGAGCAGCUGUCUCUAGUACAGGCUGAGCUACAGACCCAGUGGGAAGCGAAGUGUGAACAUCUGUUGGCCUCCGCCAAGGAUGAACACCUGCAGCAGUACCAGGAGGUGUGUGCGCAGAGAGAUGCCAACCAGCAGAAGCUGCUCCAGCUGCAGGAAAAGUGCUCAGCCCUCCAGGCCCAAGUCACAGCCCUGACAGAGCAAAACGAACACCACCUCAGGGACCUGGAGAAGAACAAGUCCCAGAUGUCUGGGGUUAAAGCUGCUGCUUCUGACCCCUCAGAGAAGGUCAAGAAGAUCAUGAACCAGGUAUUCCAUGACUUGCGGGGAGAGUUUGAACUGGAGGAAUCUUACGAUGGCAGGACCAUUCUGGGAACCAUCAUGCAUACAAUCAAGAUGGUGACUCUUCAGCUGUUAAACCAGCACGAGCGAGAGAAGGGAGAGAGCAGCCAUGAAGAAGAGGAAGGAGGAGAGGAGCGGCCUCCAGGACCUUCCCAGGAGCAGUCAGUCUCAGCCAGCUCUGGACUGUCUCAAGCAGCCCUGAAUAGGGAGAGGCGGGAGUCCUCCAUGGGGUCGUCAGAGCAUGCAGUCGAGGAAGCGCUCCCAUUGCCUCCUCAGGCCCUCUCCUGUCCCCAGGAUGAAAUACAGAGAAGAGAAGUGGAGCCCUCAGAAGCAGAGGCGCUCUCGGAGAUGAAGGGUGAUUCCCUCCCACCGGAACUGGCUUGCAUCCCCUCCCAAAGAGCUCUGGGGCCCCCGACUUCAAUUCCCCCGAAGCCUCCGGGCCCUGUAACUGUGGACUCUGAGUGUGAGGAAACACUUGCUGCCAGCCCAUUGGGAAAUCCCUGUGUUGGGGAGCAAGAAAGCUCCCCGAGACUGUCCCUGACUUCAGACCCCGAGAAGGGGAACCCACUGGCCUUAGGGCCUGAAAGUCCAGGAGGAGAGCCUCAGCCUCCAGAACUCAAGAAAGAGGAGGCUGUCACUAGCUCCGCUGGUCCCUCCAAGGAGUUAUCGAACCCAGAGGCAGGUUCUCCAGCUGCAGGAGCAGCCCCCUGUACCCAGCAUUCCAGUCUCUCUGGGGAUGAAGACGAUGAACUGUUUAAAGGGGCAACUCUGAAAGUUCUGAGACCCAAAGCACAGCCCGAGGAGGAGGAUGAAGACGAGGUGAGCAUGAAGGGACGCCCGCCCCCAACACCCCUUUUUGGAGAUGAUGAUGAUGACGAUGACAUUGACUGGCUGGGAUGAAGACCCAGGAAACUGGUGCAAAGGCUUCUCUACCACCCCUUCCCUAAGCAUGAUUUUGCACAGCCAGCCCUGGGUCUAGACGAGCCCCAGGGUGAGGUGAAGGUGAGCAUUCUGAGGACAGGAGUUCAGAUAUCUGAGUUAGCCAGCUUUGGAGCCCCCGCCCGGCCGAGUGAAGAGGACGAUGAGCCUGUCUUCAGAACGCUGGGCUUGUCAUUUCAGCAGGCGACCGCGGUCCCACCUCAAUUUGGAGGAAGGGCUGGUAGGUUCCCCUCCAGCUGGCCACCUACAAGAGUCUGCCCUCCUCCAAGCGUUUUUUUUUCCACUAACUCUCAGACUGAUCUGCCUCCCAGUGCUCAACUCUGCCCCAGCAGCAGGACCUGUCACCUGGGGUGAGGUGUCCCUGGUGGAACCAAGGAUGGAUUAUACCAUCUGAACCCCGGUUCAGUUAACAGCCUUGCCUGCAAUCCUGGGACAUGUAUCUUUUCUUUGCCUUAAAUCUGAUACAAGAGGUCAAUGAAUAUUUGAAAUUAACUAAAAUAAAUGUCUUUAUUGACACUUGGCUCAA